UGCCUUACUGAUUACCCUUUGUAUAUUGGCACCGCACAAUACAUUGGACAUUGAAUACCUACAAUAUCCAUGUAUAGUUGUACACUGUAAACCUGCAUGACAAACCGUUUAUAAACUUGUAUGACGUUUUUGAUAAAUACUUGCAGUAGCUAUCUAUCUACGAAUAUUUAAUGAGUUAGUCCUUCGAGUUUCUAUCCGCAUUCAUUUCUGUCCGCAGUGUGUCUCCGUGACUUCAUACUACAUGUGCGGUCAGCUGUCACCCACAACAAAAAUGGCCGGCGUGGAGCAUCACCACGGUCACCAACACCUGCCAAGAGGUCAUAUUCCCAAUCCCUUGGACGAAAAGUUACUUAGAAUCAUCAGAGAAAACCUCACAGACCAGGAAGUACAUUUAUCAGAAGAGGAAAGAUGGAGAUUAGAACACCUACGGCUGCACGAGAAGCACAAGGGUCAUGAGGAGAUGCAUGCAGAGAUGGUCAUCAUCUUGAUGGUGGUCACCAUAAUAGCACAGAUUGGUCUUGUGGCUUGGAAAAAACAUCAUUACAAAUCUUACCAGUUUGUGAGCAUGAUAGGUGUGUGGGUGAUUCCAUUUGUCGUAUGCCUUCACAACCACUGGUGGCGUUUCAUCUUCAUCUGGCUGGUGUUCUCCUCCAUCACUGUUAUUGUGGUGAAGAAGGCCGUCGAGCAGCCGCUUGAUCAAACAACACCCAGACAGGUAUAUAAGUGGUUCCUUCUAGUGUACAAGAUCUGCUGUGGCCUGGGUGUCGUGGGCUACGUCAUAAUAAUGAUAACUAUGAUGGGCUUUCACCUCUUGUUUGGAGUGAAGCCCAACGUGUGGAUGGACACUGGUCUUCUUUUUAUUUUCUAUGGUCUAUACUACGGUGUUCUUGGGCGGGAUAUUGCAGAGGUCUGCGCGGGCAAGAUGGCUUCCCAUGUUGGGUACUACACACCACAUGGCAUGCCAACUCGGACUAGAGCCGGCACGUGUUCGUUUUGUAACCCUCAGUUAGUACCAGAAGAGGAGGGUAUUAUUGAGAACACCUACCGUCUCUCAUGUGGUCACACCUUCCAUGAGUUGUAUCGAGGCUGGUGUAUUUGGCAAAAACAAACUUGUCCAUACUGUAAAGAAAAGGUGGAUCUCAAAAGAAUGUUCUGCAACCCCUGGGAGAAACCACACGUGUUUUAUGGACAAUUACUCGACUGGAUCAGACUACUAGUGGCAUGGCAGCCAGCAAUUAUUUUCCUGGUCCAAGGCAUCAACAAUUAUCUUGGUCUCCAAUAAGGAUCACCAACUUAGAUGUCUAGUCAUGUUGAUACAUUUUCUUUCUUGUGUUUAUAGAAACUAAUAAGAUCAUUGAUCAGAAUCAAUGUUACUUGUGUUAUUUAUUUGAUUUCUUAGAUAAUUUAAAACAUGAUUUAUCCUUGACAGAAGUAUUAUAUUCAGGCUAUAAAAUCAGUUUAUUUUCUCUCAUUUAUUGUACAGUAAAACUUUCAUGAACAUGACAUGAUAGGAUAAGAGAGUGUACUCUCGAGCAGGUCAGUGCUUCUUGUAUUUUGUUAUAAGUUCAGUUAUCCCAGCAAAUAAUACAGGAUCCCCCACGUUAUGGAAGAGAUUUUUUUUUUUUCUGCAACAUGAAAUUCAAUCACACAAAACCAGUUUUCCCAUUGAAAUCCUUUAUAUGACAUGUGUACCUAAAGAAUAUUUUUUGACCAAAAGACAUAAUAAAAAGUUUAAAAUGAAAGUCAACCUUCUUAAACAGACACAUUAAAAGUAAAAUUGAAUAUUUUUAUCUUAUAUUAUGCUAAUACUGUAUGACUCACCAGAAAUGCAUGGCAGCAAAUACUAAGAGGGAAAAUAUGGAGAGAAUCCAUGCUAAAAACAUGUGAUGCUCUACUUAUUGCCAACACAAGUAAUAUGUCACAUCAACCUGAAAUCACAAAGUGGUAAAACAAUAUGAACCUAAAUAGUACUGUAUAUUAAUAAAAAGUAAGUUUAGGAACCGAGAAAGUGUAAGGAUUGUACAUUUAACACAAAGGCAUUCUGAAAUCCGAUUUUAUUGGCCACUUAAGUUCCAAAUUCCGUAUGGGAGAAUUUCUGUAACCCAACUACUGUACAGUAUUUCAGUAUUUGUAACACGGGGAUGGCUAUUAAGAGAGAGGAUUCAUUGCUUAAUAAAUCCCCGAGACAGAUGCGUGUUUAUUGAAAUUAUUCACUGCCAAGAAAAAGAAAAGGUAGAUGAUCAACAACAAUGUAUAGGUGAUAUAUACUGGUAUGUGAUGAGUGAUGAUAAUGGAAAUUGUACAUUAUGCCUUUAUUGGUCAAUUAUUUUUAUUUGGGUUGGUAUCGUUCUGUGGCCGAAUUCAAAAACUUCCAUCAAAAGAAGGGUUUUGCUCAUCUGAGACUGGGGGAAGAAAAAAUAGAAUAGGUAUACGUACUGUUGUUUCAGGUGGGACCUGAGGCAGUAAUGGUGUGCCUCAUUUUGUUUUAGAUUUCCACAGUUUUACUAUGAAUGUGACCACAUGAUAAUCCCUAUGCUGGUUUAAGUAACACUUUACAUGAAAUAGUAUUUGGUGUGAAUGAUUUACUAGUUAGCCAAGCCUGUGUGGAGUUAUUUUAUUUUUCCUUAAACAAUUGAUUUGUUUACCAAAACUAGAUUAACGUACACCAAAAAGUAAGUUGUAAGACAUUCAGUUGUUCAAAUUAGUUAUCAACUGAGCUAAGUUUGAUUUAUUCAUGAUUGCUUCACUACUGUUUUUGGCAUUACAUAUUUAGGUGAUUAUAUUUAUUGAGAUGCUAAUUACUUUCCCACCUGCAGCAAAUUUCUCGUCAAGCUUUGUAAAACAAGAAUAUUUAAAUUUAUUGGCAUUCUAAAGAGAAGUUAUGUUAAGUGAAGAAGAAUGAUGCUGCACACGACCUUUCAAAAUUGUGAUUGUUGUGACAAAUCAUGAAUGUUAUUUAGGGAAAACAGAAAAGUAUGAAAUUUAUGAAAUGAAAAACUUGUACAGUACUUAAACUCAUCACAUAUUAAUAUUAGAUUUUAUGCCUUAUUACUGUAGUAUGUUGUUACAAUCAAUAACUAAGUCUACCAAAAUGACCUCCUAAUUGAAUUGUUGGUCAUUGUAAAAUGUGUUCAGAUUUCCUUUGGGUUUUAUUGAAAUUUAAAUAUGAUCUAAUGUUGACUUAAAAGAAGGUACUAGAUAUUAUUUUACAAAGGAAGUGUCUUUCCCCAUAUCUGAUUAUGGACAAUGUUUUUUCUCCUGCAUAUUUUCUUCAUCUUACAAACAUUAACAAUCUAUUCUGGGCCAACUAAUAUGAACCUUGAGAGACUUGUACUUUAGUCUAGUACGGUAGCCCAGACCCCCUCUAUUUAUUUUGGCCUUUUAAGAACUUAUGGGGGUCAAAUGUGAGACAGUAUGGAGACUUAUUUCAUAUGCUUGCAGUUGCUGGCUUUUUUUAAAUUGUAUAUAUUCUGUAUGUAUGCCUAGAACUGACUGCUUUUAGUUUUAAAUUUUUUAAUUUUUAAAAGAGUUGAUACUGUACAUUUGGACUCUUUUAUUUUGUACAAUAUUUUCUUUGAUCUGGGGGACCUAUGCAUAUUGUAAGCUUUUGUGAAUUUUCUGGUCCCCAAAACUUACUCUAGAAUUCCCUCCGCUGUUCUUUGUUAAGAACAUUUUUGUGGUCAGUGUUAAUUAAUAUAUUGUCAUUUUGUUAACAAACUUGAACCAAUUUAAGUCUGUGUCAUCCACAUGUUCAUCCUAGAAACUUCUGAAUAAAAAAGAUCUGUUUGCAGUCUUCAGAUAUGACCUUUCAUCACAUCUUUCUUCUGAAGAGUCAUGUAGAAUGCCUUAAACUUAUUUUCUCUUGCAGAGAAAUAAGGCCAAACAAAUCUCGAUAAUUUCAUAUUGUGUGUUUGUUCAAUAAAGCUGUACAUUUACUUUUUCUCUAGUUAUUGAAAUUUGUCUUCAGCUUUUAAGCCUAUCAUGAAUAUACUUUUCUCUGGGUUUUUCCCACCACUUGCAUUAAUUAAAAAUUUUACCACUUGGUUCACAUCACACAGAAUUCUUACACCAAACCUGAGGUAUUAUUUUAUUGGGUCACCAAUUUAUGUAGAGUACAAAAAACACCAAAGUUUGAACCUGUGAAUUUGCACAUCAGCAAAUUAUUCCACGUUAUUGGUGUUUACCUCAUGGAUGUAUCCACAUUCAAAUGACAGGCAGUGUACUGAAUGCUGUACACUUCUUGGAUUCCUUUGUAUGUUACUUCUAGGUUUUUAUCCAUGGAUUUGUCAGAUCCACAGGCUCUUGUUAGACAGUAUGGGAUGAGAUGUGAUGCAGAACCCCAACACAAUAGGAAGAUCCAUUUUCACAUCUAACUUGAUAGUACAUUUCUGGGUUGUCUGUGUGUGUUAUCAUUGUGUGGAAAAUGCCUGGAGACAGACUUUCAAUGGACGGAAGAUAGAGGUCAUACAUACAGUUGAUAGUAGUAGUAGUCGAUAUGUUCCAUAAAUGUACAAGAUACAUUUUGUUUUGGCCUUCACCUUUCCAUCCACCUCACCAGGGUCAUGAAAAACAGUACUACAGUAAACCUUCUCAAUAAGGGACAGGUCUUGCAUGGAUUAGUCUGGUACAGUGUUAGGAGGGUACACAUUAUACAUGCAUGACAUCAAUGAGUCAGUCUUAUCACUCUUCAUUUGCCACCCUCAGGUUCAUGUUGCUUUUAGCCUUUUCAACAUUAACAUAACCCUGUAAAUUGUCCCAUUUAUUUGUAUCCUUUGAUUAUAACCUUCAAAGAUUAUAAUGUUUUUUUACUUUUUUCUCCCUAUUUUAUUGAAAAUGGAACUUGGUUAAAAGUUAAUAGAUCUGUUCAUCUCUCUCAAAAUACUGUACUGUACAGUAUUUAUCCACCAGUCCUUGUCUUGGCAUUUGCCCAUUGUUCCUCAAUUCAUAUUUAGUUUUGUGAAACAGUGUAAACCAGGGCUUCAAUAUUGUUCGUAAAAUUUCAGUACAGAAAAUGUGAUGCUCUUAAUUCAUGUGAUCACUAAUAAUUCAUUCAACCAGAACUUAUGAUGAAAUUACCAGCCUUUCCUCCUUCAUAGCUUGAAUAAAGCAGCCCUUUUGUUAUAAAGUACUGUGUUAGCUCUCAGUAAGUUGAAUGGACCAUAGACGGCAGGCAUUGUAGGAAACAAAGUUGUUUUGAUUAGAAAAGCCUGUAAUACUCUAGUCAGAGUUCUCUGAAACUUGUUUUCCAUCUUUCUAAAAUAUAUUUAUUUUUGUAUGAUUUCAUAGGAAUUUAGCAUUGAUAUUACAGUACAGUAAAAAAAAAGGUAUACAGGUGCUCCUCUACUUAAGAAUGUCCAACUUACAGAGAUACAAACAUCAUCACUGAGGGGGGUUACCUGCCAGAACAGGUGUUUAAUGUGGAUGAGACUGGAUUAUUUUGAAGAAAAUCCCAGAUAGAACAAACAUUACCAAAGAGGAGAAAGUGAGCCAUGUUUUAAGGCUGUACUAAAGGGUAUAGCUCUACUAAAUAUCAAUAAGCUUUUCAUUUUUUACAAUAUGUUUGGUAUCUACAAGAGUAAAGUUGGACUUACAAACAAUUGGACUUGCAAACAAGCCUCAGGAACGUAACUCGUUUGUGAGUAGAGGAGCACCUGUAUACAGUAGAGUUUAAAAGAAAAAAAAUUUGGUAUGAAUAUACAGAAGGUAGUUUUUCAUCUGCUUAUCAUCCAGUAAUAAUUUUUUACCAUUCAACAAAAGAGGGUAAAACAUAGUCAGAUGAAACCAGUUGCUUGAUUACUCCCACACACAGUACAGUGUAACAAACUGAAUCAAGACUCUCACAUUGCUUGAAUGCCUCAUAUUUUCUCCAAUUGAUUGUACAGAAUCCUCCUAUUCUAUAACUGUCACAUGCUUGUUGGAAUAUUAUUUUGUAGAUGGGUAACUUGUAAACAUCUUCCAGAUGCUUAUGUUGUGCCCUAUCUUUAUGCUAAUUUUUCCCCAUUCUUCUUUUGUAUCUUCAUUUAUGCCCAUUUUAAAGUAUUUCACUUUUUUCUCAACUCAAUUUUGUGUUUAUUAUUUAUUUCUUCCUUUUUGGUUUUACAUAUUCAUCCCCCAUGUUGCACCAUCUCUGCUUGUACUUUUGUCUUGCACAUUCUUCUAAGCUUAUUACUAUGCCCCACAUUUAUAUGUCCUUGUGUAUUGCACAUUAAUUUGUCCCUGUGUGUUGCACUGCCAUGUAAAAGUUAAUCUAGCACAAGCUCUCUCCUGCUGUAUAGCAGGGUGGCUAGACUCGAACAGCAGACGUUUCCCUAGUAUCCAUCGUUUGUUCAUUCUAGUUGCCCUUUGUGUUAGAUAAUAUUCCUACUUGGUCCUGCAUAUUUCUCAUUCUUCCAUUUUGUUUUAUAUGUAAGAAUUUAUAUUCAUGUGUUCCUGUGUGUUCUACAAUUAUUUAUUUUACUUGCUCUUCUAUGUCAUGAUUUGCUUCAUUAUAAUUUUGUCUAAUUCUUCUGCACAUCUCUUGGUGUUUUUUCAGUGGUACCCUGUGAAAUUUGUUUCUGUGAUGCUCCCCUCUUAAUUUUAUUCUGCAGUUUUUCAGUGGUAAUCUUUGAUUGCCUUUGUGAGUUGCAACCUUACCAAACCAGUGGUUCCCACCCUGUGGAUUGAUGUUAGGAAGGGCAUCCAGUUGUAAAAUUUGGCUUCAACAUGCAUGAUGGCAACUGGGUCACCAGAGCUGUGCCCUUUCCCUUGUCUCCGCUGCAUUUUCUGGGUUGGUUCUCUUGGUUUGUGGUGGUGAGCAAAAUGAAGCGGGGAGUCCCAUUGUGGUUUUACCCAUCAGCUGCCAUCAGGUAAUUGUGUCAUACCCACAGAAAUGUGGAAAAAUGGUUGGACAUUAUCAACACUUCUCUUUCUGUUGCAGAUAAUGUGUGACUCACUUUUAGCCAAUUUUCAACCUUGUCUAUUGUCUUGGUCCUAUUUUUAUUUUUAUUUUUCUAAUUUUUCACCAUUAAUUUUAGCAUUUUUCAUCAUAGGCCAAAACCAACUCAUUGUUUUACUUCACUGUUGCAAUACUUUUAGAUUUUAUCACAAACUUUUUUGCUUUUUGCCAUAUUUUUCACGUUCAAGUAUGAACUUUGCCAUUUUGUUCAAGAUGUUCCUGCUAUGUAUUUUUUGUUUUUAAUAGAGAAUCUCUAUUUUACUGCGUUAUACUUCUGGCUAGUGAGAAUUUGCUUUCUGAUGUUUCUUCAAGAAUAUUUUGCCUUUGAUCGAUGGAUAGAUUUUUCAGUUGACUGGCCAUUGACUGCUUGGUUCAUUUGGGCUUUAGCAGUCAUGCUCCUAGUCUUGGCAUUAGCAUCUCAUGUUUAUUGAGGCAGCUGACAUUAAACUGUAUAUAAUGACAAUGAACAUGGUAAGUCCGGGUUGUCUUAAGUCGCAUAUGUCGUAAGUCGAGGAGAGACUGUAUAAUGAGAAUUUUCAUACUUUGUUUAUGCCUUGCAAGACUAGGAAUCAGAUUUCUUGACCAUUUAAUGAAAUUAAAGGUCAUCUGCAUGUUUGUAAAGAUAAUAUUUAGUUUGUGAUUUGUUAAGCCAGAUGUGAUAUACCACUGUCAUGUACACAUCCUGUCAUCAUCUCCUGAAAGAAUUUUAUUAAUUCAAGUGGUAGUUGUAAGUUACCUGUACUAUAGGCAAAUUUUUUUUGUUAGUCUAGUAAAUACAUUGCUUACUGUUGCUUGUUUUCUUUAUAAAUAUUUAAAGAUAAAUUGUCUUCAGUAUCAUUCCUUGUUUAUUUUCAUAAUGCUAAAAAGAUUUUGAAAUAUUUGAUACAUAAAAAUCACUAUGGUAACUGUUUCUGUGAUUUAUAUAAAAAAAAAUGGAUUUUUAUAAGUGAUGAUGUGGUUCCUGUGAUCUGAAGUGCAAUUAUUGGUCAUAAGAAUAAGACUGUACGGAGUAGUCUGUCUCUGUUGCAAAUAACACCCAAGAUAGAAAAGCUUGUUCAAUUAAUUGUCACGGGAACCUUAUGAAAAAUAAACAGUGAAAGACAUUUAUCAAGUUUCAUUAGAGCUUAUGAGCAUUUAGUGCUAGGAAGCUUGAUUACUGCCAUACAAGGAAGAAUAAGUUGGCCUUUUUCUGCUAGGUCUUGAAUGAAUCUAUUGCAUAUUUUCAAACCACUCUACUGCUUCUAACUUUAAUGCUGCUUCUGCUUCAGAAUAAAGUAACACAUUCACUCAUACUCUUCUGCUUAGUUUUCCUCCUAUUAUUUUUUCUUUGACAUCUUCCUGCUAACUUUUUUUCCUUCCUUUAAUUACCAUUUCUGAUGUCUGAAAACUUACAAUUAAUUUAUUCUUUGCAUGUAAGUAUGUAUUUACCAUCAUAUCUAGAAUAAUAUGAACACUUCAGUGAAACUUCACACACACACUUCAGGUUAACAGUUUCCAACAUUGAUUAAGAAUUGGUUCCAACUAGGAGCACAGAAGGUUAAAAACUAAGACAUUACGAGCUUACAUGAAUGUAAUAAUGGUUUAAACAUUCUGUAUUGCAAAUAGUUGGGAAAGGUUUCUCUUAGGUAGCAGCUAGACCAGUAUACAGAAGUCUUCAGGAUAGAGGGGUCAGUAACAGUCCUAAGGGUAGGAGGUCCUUUUUAUAUGCUACUCUAGAAAUGGGAACACGUUAACAGUAACAUAAAGAUGCAUUUGAUUGUCUUCAUGCAUUUUAUAAUCUUUAUAUAUAUAUUGCUCUUACAAAGGAUAUUUAUAGAGCACAAGUCUGUACAGAUUAGGCAUGGACAUAGAUUACCAUUCAAUAUGCAGGUAGAAUAUAUUUUAUAUUGUCAUUAAUAUUACUUCCUAUUUUUCAAUGAAUAGUGGUGAAGCAGAUCUCUUGUGGAUGAGUUUUGUUCUUGGAUUAAGUUUUAGCUCUUGGUUGGAAUGUGCAUGGGAGAAAUUUUAAUGAUCUUUACCAGGUGCAACAUUAGGAAAUGUUUGUGCUUUACUUUACGAGUGAUGAUUAAGAAAAAAUGGAAGGCAGUUAUAGAAAGAGUUCAUUACAGUACUUUGAUGUUGUUGCAGAGAUAUUUGUUAACUAAUAUUUGUGUGGUAUUGAUUUUAUAAAUCAGAAUCAUUAUUUUUUAAUAAAGAAAUAUUGUUU